CUGCAUAAAAAAUAAAAGUAAAUUGGGAUUUUAUUGAUGAUUUUUUUCAUGUUUCCCCCUCCACCCUGAAGCUCUGUGCUGAUCAGCUGUCACCAGUGUUUACAGACAUCUUCAACACCUCGCUGGAGACAUGCCACAUUCCAGCAUGCUUCAAAACCUCCACCAUCAUCCCGGUUCCCAAGAAAACAAGGAUCACAGGAUUAAAUGACUACAGACGCCCUGACCUCUGUGGUUAUGAAGUCCUUUGAGCGCCUUGUCCUGUCCCACAUAAAAUCCAUCACAGACCCCCUCCUGGACCCCCUGCAGUUCGCCUACAGAGCCAACAGGUCUGUGGACAACGCUGUCAACAUGGCCCUUCACUUUCUCCUCCAGCACCUGGACACAGCAGGAACCUAUGUAGAUUGUGAACAUGUCGCUCCAUUCAGGAUCCUGUUUGUGGACUUCAGCUCUGCCUUCAAUACCAUCAUCCCGGCUCUGCUGCAGGACAAACUCUCCCAUGCAGCUGCACGUGCCCGACUCCACCUGCAGGUGGAUCACAGACUUCCUGUCUGACAGGAAGCAGCACGUGAGGCUGGGGAAACACGUCUCUGACCCCCGGACCAUCAGCACCGGUUCCCCUCAAGGCUGCGUUCUUUCCCCUCUGCUCUUCUCCCCUCUGCUCUUCUCCCUGUACAGUACACCAACAGCUGCACCUCCAGUCACCAGUCUGUCAAGCUCCUGAAGUUCGCAGAGGACACCACCCUCAUCGGACUCAUCUCUGGUGGGGACGAGUCUGCCUACAGGUGGGAGAUGGACCAUCUGGUGACCUGGUGUAGGGACAACCACCUGGAUCUCAACGCUCUCAAGACAGUGGAGAUGGUUGUGGACUUCAGGAAGAACGCAGCCCCACCCGCCCCCAUCACUCUGUGUGACUCCCCAGUAACUGCUGUGAAGUCUUUCCGCUUCCUGGGCACCAUCAUCGCCCAGGACCUCAAAUGGGAGCAGAACAUCUGCUCCCUCAUCAAAAAAGCACAGCAGAGGAUGUUCUUCCUGAGGCAGCUGAAGAAAUUCAACCUGCCAAAUACGACGAUGGUGAACUUCUACACCUCCAUCAUGGAGUCCAUCCUCACCUCCUCCAUCACCAUCUGGUACACUGCAACCACAGCCAAGGAAAAGGGCAGGCUGCAGCGUGUCAUCCGCUCUGCAGAGAAGGUGAUCGGCUGUAAUCUGCCAUCCCUCCACGACCUGCACGCCUCCAGAACCCUGAGGCGGGCAGGGAAGAUAGUGGCCGACCCCUCCCACCCUGGACACAAACUGUUCAGCCCCCUCCCCUCUGGCAGGAGGCUGCGCUCCUUCAGGACCAAAACCUCUCGCCACCAGAACAGUUUCUUCCCCUCCGCUACCGGCCUCUUAAACAAGGCCCGGACCCCCCACUGACGCUUUAUCUCAGCCACAACGUAGACUCUAUAUGCAUUACAUUAAUGCACACAAUGUUCAAAUACUGCUUACUGCACAUAUUUCUUAUUUCAUAUGUUAUAAUUCACUGCAUUCUAUUUAGCUGUAAAUUACUGCUUUAUUUUAUUGCUAUCUAACUAUAUUUGAUUACAGUGUCCUUACAGAUUUUUUGUUUUAUAUUAGAUUUUUUGUUUUGUAUUUUAUGUAUGCACCAUGACAUCGAGUCAAAUUCCUCGUAUAUGUGAACCUACAGUACCUGGCAAUAAACCCGUUUCUGAUUGUGAUGUAGGAUAGGCAAUUGACAAACAGUCGUUGGUUUGCUAACUUAUUUUGUAUAUUUUAUUGUGGAUUCUUUAGAUACUAAAGUGGACCUCUAUUGAGAGAAAAGUACUAUACAAAUAAAAGGUAUUGUUAUUAUCAUUAUUAUUAUUAUAAUUAGUUUAAUUAUAGUAUUUGGACUCCUAUGUUAGUGUCCCAGACUUGCUUUUUUUAAACUUCAAUGCUUUUGUUUGCUUGUAUAGCCUAUUAUAUAUAUUGCAUUUGUAUUAAGUAUAAAGUGAAAAGGUUUUUUUGGAGGCUCCUGCA